AUAGCUGUCAUUGACGUUAAUAAAAGCGAAAUAUUACGAUUUAAACUUUGAUAUUUAGAUAUGAAAAAUAUUUUUAAGUGUUUUAAUUUGAUUUUUAAUAAAAAUGUAAUUUAAUCGUUGUAGUUCAGGCGUUGAAGUUCAGAGGGCGCAUGACAUCUAAUUUUAGUCGAGAGAAGACAAUUUUAGUUACCAAAUACCUAUACAGAUUACAGAAUACAGAAUAUUAGUUGAAAUUUAUAUCUUACAUUACAUUUCCAUUAUGCUCAAUGCUGAUAGUGUUAAGUGUAUAGUUAGUAUAUUAUACUCUUACACUUCCAGUAGAUCUUUUAAAUUUAAAUUAUUUAUGGUCUUGAAAUGUUUUUUAUAAAAAAAUAAGAAAAACGGUUAUAAACACGGGACAAUGUAUAAUUAAUUAAAUAUCAAAUACACAUAUUUUUAUAAGCCGAAAUUAAAAUUCCAAAGGUAAAGUUAUCUUAAAAUGUCGAGCAACUCCCUCUUAUUUUCUAUAAAUAAUGAAGGAAAGGUAUAUGCUCUUCCUACUAAUGGAUCCUGUUGGAGAGAAUUCAUGUAUUUAGGCUUGGAGUUCAAAACGCUAUCAGCUGUGCCCCAUUUUUUAUGGGCUGUAGGAGGCGAUCGGCAAAUAUAUUUACAUGUACAUGGUUUAGAGAUUCCAAUAAGAGUCAAAGAAGAGUCAUAUGAAAAUGAACGUUGGCUGCCCUUGGAGGGAUUCAGCGGCCGGCUGUUGCCUACAGAUCGCUAUCACUUUUCGUCUCAAGAUGGUACAAAAGACAGAUCUAUUGACUGUAUUCGAUUACCAUCAAUGGCUUGGCAAUGGGAAGGAGAUUGGCAGUUGGAAUUAACCUUGGAUGGUCAGCCUUUAGAUCAUGAUGGAUGGAGUUAUGCCGUCGACUUUCCUGCUCAAUUUGGAUCGGUUAAGCAAUGGAAGUCUUGUGUUCGCAGGCGAAAAUGGAUAAGGUACAGAAAGUUUAGUGCUAUGAAUUCUUGGUGUGCUAUAGCACCAUUACACAAAGAUCCAACUCAGGAACCUUUUAUUGAUGUUAGCAUUGGUGGUAAUCAAAUACCCUAUGCCUCUCCUGGUACUCUCUCUGUUUGGGCCAUAACUGCUCAAGGUAGAGUUAUGUAUAGAGCAGGAGUAAGUACUACCUCACCAGAAGGAUUAAAAUGGAUAAAUGUCAGCAUUCCACCAAACUGUGAUAUAAAACAAAUUUCUGUAGGCCCAUCUGGCUUAGUUUGGGCUUUGUUAUGGUCUGGCAGAGCAAUAGUACGGAAAGGUAUUAGCAAAGAUUGUCCAACAGGUGAAGCUUGGUUAGAAGUGAAAUCACCUAAUGACACAAAGUUAACUGUUUUGUCUGUUGGACGAAAUGUUGUGUGGGCAGUAAGUGCAGACACUAGAGUAUGGUUUAGAAAAGGAAUAGAUGGAAAUGCUUCUGGAUGUUCAGAAAUGGCUGCUAUGGGUAAUGGAUGGUUAGAAAUAAAUGGAAAUAUGGUGCACAUUUCAGUAGGAAUAAAUGACCAAGUAUUUGCAAUUGGAGGAUCAAACAAAAGUGUUUAUUGGAGAAGUGGAAUUAAUGCUACAGAGCUGACAGGCAAGAGAUGGAGAAUGGUGCAAGCCAAUAUGCAAGUUAGUCGUACGUCAAGUGCUACUAGUAUAGUUUCUUCGGCAUCAAAUCAGAAACACCAAAGUUUAAGUUUACUUAAUGAAAAUACUCCAGAACUGAAGUCCAAUAUAAAUUUACGAAAUUCUUGGGAGGAAUCACACUCUGCCCCAAUAGAAAAUACCCUACCUCUUAAACCCUCAAAGGAAUUAAAGCAAAAAAACAGCAUGGAUGUAGAAAAUAUGGACAUGACUGGUAAAAGUUACGAAACUACCUUAAAAAAUCCUAGAGCUUGGAGCCCAGUUCGAAGUGUGGGCUCUGUUGUUGGAAUGGAGGCACAACCAGACAGUGACAGUAGCGUUUUUGAUCUUGAUUCUGGAAUGUUUUUUGAUGAAGAAGUGAGUCAAACUGCAUGGGGAACCUGUGAUGUGGCUUGGAGUUUUGUUGCAGCUGGUGCAUGCUCCCUUGAUUCAGUACAACCACCUCAUUGGUUCAGUGAUUCUCAAAAUGUACAUAACACUGACAUAGUAGCUAAAUGGAGAUUGCAAAUAUUAGAAAAAUUAAAAGCUAGAAAUAACAGUUUAAGUGUAGAUGUUACCAAAUUUGGCAUAGCUAUUGAAGAAAAAGGUUGGACCCGAAGUUGUGAGUCAAGAAUAGUUAACAAUAAUAACACUAGUGAGGAUUGUAUAAUAUCUCUUUAUUGGCAUGCUUCUGAAAAUAUGGGAACACUGUCAGUUUUCCAACCUGAUGGUACUAUUAAAUUUAUAUUUAAUCUCAGUGAAGUAACUAGUAUUACAUCUUGUUCUGAACCAGGUAGUCCACGAAUUUCUCUAACAAUACCCACCCAAAGCAGUCAAAUAUUAAAAAUCCAAUUUAUCUCAGAAAUGGAACAAGAAGAAUGGCUCAAUGUAUUAGUAGAUAUUAUAUCUCAGAUUUAUGGACACUCAGGAAGACCAUCUGAAAGUUCAGUGUGGGUAGUUACAAAUUCAGGAGAUAUAUUAAACUGGGAUCCUGCUCCAGCACUUUUAACCGCUGAAAAAAGUGCUGGGAAUUUUACAAAAGAAUUUCAGCUGUUUGGUAAAGACAUACAAAAGGGAUACACAUGCAUGUUGUACAAUAAUUUUCCUCCUGGCAGUACUUUAAAAGUAGCAGGUUGUUUGUUUGACGACAUUAACAGAUUUCAUAUAAAUUUACAAGGUCCAGAAAUAGUAAAACAGAGACAUAAAAUUGAAUCGGAAGUAACCGAAAUUCCAUUUCAUUUUAACGUGCGCUUUGAAGAGGGUGCUGUUGUUUGCAACACAAAAAAAUCUGGUCACUGGGGACCAGAAGAACGGUAUCAACUUCCUUUAAUUCCUGGUCAAGAAUUUACCAUAAAGGUUUUAUGUGAUACAGCUGGAUUUACUGUCACUGUGAAUGAUAAACAUUUCUGUUUCUUUAAACAUAGAUUAAGCCCUGAAAACAUAACAUCUGUUAAUAUUUUUGGACCUUUGAAAUUGUACAAUAUGGAAUAUUGUUCCACGAGUAUCAUUAUUGGCCCUGACGAAAUGUUUUGGAAAAUGAUUGGUGGCUAUUUAAGAAAAGUAGAGUGUUGUGCAAAUAAUGUUGUUUGGGGAAUAUCUCAUGAUCAUAGAGCAUGGGUGUAUACAGGCGGUUGGGGUGGUGGACCCUUAAAAGGCCUUGGUAGUACAGAUGGAAUCCACAAUAUGACAGACACUCAAACAUAUUGUAUAUAUGAAAAUCAGAGGUGGAAUCCUUUAUCUGGUUACACUUCUACGGGCCUACCGACUGAUCGCUACAUGUGGAGUGACAUAACAGGCAAACAUAAACGUACCAGGGAGCACACGAAAUUAUUAAAUCGUCACUGGCAUUGGAUUUCAGAAUGGAUGAUAGACUACAAUACACCAGGUGGGGUUGAUAGUGAUGGGUGGCAAUAUGCAACAGAUUUUCCGGCGCCAUAUCACGGGAAGAAAAUCUUCACAGAUUGUGUAAGACGACGCCGUUGGUAUAGAAAGGCACAAAUUAAUACAGAAGGUCCUUGGAUUCGCGCCGGGUCAACUGCAUUACUGGAUAUAUCAGUGUGGGCAGGCAAUGAUAAGGACGUAUCGGUAUGGGCUGUUACUCUAGGCGGUGAAGUUAUUUAUAAAACCGGAGUCACUGCAGCUACACCUGUCGGGAAUCAUUGGGAACACAUCAAUAGCCCACAGGCUUUAGUAGCUAUAAGUGUUUGCAACAACAUUAUUUGGGUGGUGGGGAGGAAAGCAGAACUUUACUAUAGAGAUGGAAUCACAAAAGAAAACCCUGCAGGAACAAGUUGGAGGCUAAUAGAAGCACCUAAAGGCAGUAUUGGGAGUAGUUAUAAAUCGGCUGUUGGGGCUAAGAUGGUUUCAUUGUCUUCAACGUCUGCGUGGGUCCUCACCACGAAUGGAGGUUUGGCUGUAAGAACUGAUAUUUCUCCUUUGGAACCUUGUGGAAAGCAUUGGAAGUAUAUAACAGAUUGUGACGUCACAUACAAACAUGUAUCAUGCAAGGAUCAAGAGGUUUGGGCGGUGCGAUCCGACGGCUCUCUGCAUAGAAGACUUGGUCUCACCACAGAUAACGUAUUAGGUGUAGCCUGGCAACUUAUUUUAAAUGUUCCUUGUGUUUAUGUAUCCGUAAGAGGCUCGUAGUUUAUAUCGUUAUAAGUAUUUUUUUGCUCAUUAAUUAUAUUCCAAAGCGUUAAAUAUAAGUUUUAACUGCGGUUAUUUUCGCACAAGCAAUGAUAUUAAUGUAUUUUAUUGUUUAUAAUUUGAUCUCCUUUAUAUUUUAUGUAAGAAACAUUCCUAACAGGUUAGUGAUCUAUCACGAAUUCCAUGUUUACCGAUAUAUGAUCUUAAGACUAUAAAUAACAAUACUUACUGUAAAUAAUUUAUGGAUUUGAAUUCUCAUGGCAUAGCUGUUUUUCCAUUAUCUCAUGAGAUAAGAUAAUAUUUUGCACUUUAACAAAAUUAACAUAAAUUUGAAAAUCUCUUUCGUUUUCAAUUAUUGAAAUCAUCUUCUAAAUACUAUGAAUCAAUUAGCCUACAGCUUGUCUGCGUCUAGCACUGUUUCAAGGACAUGGCUUCACUUGAACAAUUGUUCGACGUAUGUCUCUAGGCAAGCAGCCUAUUUCUUCUUUCAUAUUCAAGCUCCGAAGUAUUAUCUAUGUGCUAUUUUUAUGGAAAAUUAUUUAGUACAUAUUUGAAAGAAUAACACACAA